UGGGACAUUCCCAGGGAGAAGAGAAAAUACACUUGGUUCACCAAAAACCCCAGUCCAGAAUCCAGCCCCACUGGUUGAUGCCAAUGCAAAAAGUCAACCUUUUAAUGUUUAGAGAGGAUCAAUUGCUUUACCAUAAAACACUGAGGAACAGUGGCCUUUGAAUUGCUCUAUAUGGUCCUGCAAUUAAAACUCUUCUGUGAUUAGUUCCCAUCAUGGCGCAGUGGUCAUCGAAUUAAAAAAUGAAUUCUCUUCAUGAGGGAGGUUAUAAUUUUUGCUGCCCACCACCCUUUAUGGGCAGAUAUACAUGUUCUUCUUCUCAUUACAAUGCUUACAGGAGAUGAAAGGAGAAUGGUCAUUGAUAAGGCCAAGGAAGACGCAUACCAGCUCCACCUAACAGGCCCAAAGGGUGCACCUGAAGCCCACUUGUCAGUACCCACAGCUGAACCAAAUCGGGACUUCAAAGAGGGAGGAUCGCCCUUAUUAGAGCACUACCCUAAGUGCAUCUUGGCAGGGCUUCUCUUCGAAAAAGGGUGCCAAAGCAAAAGAAUUUGAAUGAAACUCAAGAAAUUCAGCAAAAAACAAAUGAAGACCCCUCUGCAUUUCUGAAAAGGGUUUAUCAGACCUACAGACAUUAUACUGAUGCAGAUUCUGAGGUCCCUGAAAAUGCUAGAAUGGUAAAUAUGACCUUUAUUGGGCAAAGUGCCCCAGGUACUAGAGGAAAAUUGGGCAAAAACUCAUUGAUUUCUGGUAAACACGGGGCAGUAUAUUCCCCAUGUUAAACACCAGUUUAGCACAGAGAACAUCACCAUCUACCCCAGUUACUGGGAUAUCAGGAGAAAUACAAAGCCCGUUAUUUUUACAGCCAUUGGAAUGUCAAUUAGGAGACCUGACAUCGAACCUUAGUUCGAUGCCUGAAUGCUCUAUCCCCCUCCUGGACCAAGAUCUCCUCUGUAAACUAAAUGCUCAAAUAAUUUUUUCACCAGGACAACUUGAUGUCAGAGUCCCACCAGAACAUGUGUUAAAGCUACAGACAGCUCUCAUAGAAAAUGUGAAAAAAGAGACAGAACUUCUUCCCUCUGAGGUCUGUGAAAAGGAGAACCCAGCCUCAGCAGCAAGGCCUGGAGCCAGGAUGCCUAGAUUCGCUGUAACUCUCUGUGUGACCCUGGACAAGUUCCUGCACAUCUCUGGUCCUCUUGCAAAUCAGAAAAAUUAUCCUCUCAUCCCUCCCACUGAAGUAGGAGAGGCACCUGAAAAAGCCAUUAUUGUGCCCAUUUUUAAGAUGGGAAGGCUGGAGUUCCCGCUAGCUCACAGAAGGACUGUGAAGAAAAUGUGUGAGGGAAGGAAAAGGGAGGCCAAGAAGCCGGGGACAACCAUGGCCGGCAGGGCUCUGUGA